CUCUGGGUUCUAUCCCCAGCUCUGGGAGGGGGCCGGUAUGGGAGACAGGACUCCUGGGUUUUAUUCCUGGCACCUCAUUUUCCCCAUGUCUAACCUGGGGCUAGUGCCACCACACUGGGUGCUUCCCUGGCACCUGUACUGCGCCCUGACCCCAGAGGGAUUGUGUUUCCCGGCACCUCUUUCCCUGACUCCUCGUGUCUGUCUGGUGUUGGCAAUCCAGCCAUGGAAUUCGGUUCCUCUCUGCCCCGGAGGAGUCUGCAAACAAUGAAUUGGGGUAGGGGUUGUAACAGCCCAGUGUAAAUCCCCGCCCUGGGCUGAACCGGUUAAGACUUAAGGACCCGAUUCUCUCUGAAACCAACCGAGCUGCUUUGCCUGCGCUGGAUUUGUUUGAGCAAGCCGGGUUGGGCUGGGCUUCCGCUCCCGAUUACCUGUCGGGGGAAGGUCAGGUUACUUGGCACCUCUCCACCCUCCUUCUCUGUCCGUGCGGUGCCGCCUUUGUGCCGUUCUCCCAGCCCAGCGCACCUGCUCCGAAAGCCAGGGGAGAACCUGGAAUAUAGCUCGCCGCCCAUCUCCAGACAGGGCUGGAAACAUCUUCCUGAAACGCUCCUCAUCUUGCCCCACUGAAAGAAAUUUGUGGCCGCUCAGCAACCAUCCGUCUGUCUUCCCACCUUGGAAUCUAACCCUGACCAGCAAAGGGUUUUGACAGGAUUGGCCGGACCCGCUCCCGGGAGGGGCAGUCAUGGGCCCCCUGCCGAUGCCCAGGCUUUGUCCGGAUGCCCAGGCAUCCCCGAGACGCUUGCGGGGAUUGUGAAGUGAGGGGGAGCCAGAGAUGCAGAGGGACAGCGUGGCCCAGAGCUUCAGCCCGGCUCUUCUGGAAUCUCGGAUGUUCUCUGUGGGUCGGGGGGAGCCGGCGCCCGACGCGGCCGGCUGCAGCGUCUGCACAGCCUCCGUGGAGAAACGGAUCAGGACCGAGCAGGCCUGCCGGCUGCACAAGCAGGUCCUGGACUCCCUGUCCCGCUUCCAGGACUGGCUGCGGGCGGCGGAGCUGUGGGCUGCCUCCCCUGCUUCCUCCCAGGUGCCCUUCACUGUGGCCAAGGAGGAGCUCAAAAAGUUCGAGGUGCUGCAAAGACAGAUCCAGGAGAAGUUGCACCAUCUGGAGUCCUUAAACAGACAGUACCGGCAGCUGGUUCAGGCCAAUGGCAUCAGUUUGCAGGGCCGGCUCCGGGCCGCGGUCCAGGAGAGCAACCAGCGCUGGGACAACCUCCAGAAACGAGCUGCUGCCAUCCUCAAGAGACUGAAGUAUUUUGUCAGCCAGCGGGAGGAGUUUGAGUGGGAGCGGGAGACCGUGCAGGUAUGGCUGACGGAGCUGGAUCUGCGGCUCACCGACGUGGAACAUUUCUCUGGGGGCAGCUCGCUCGAGAAAAUGAUGGAGCUGCAGGAGUUCCAGGAGGCCGUGCGGUCCAGCGCGGAGCGGCUCGACUGGCUGCUGGUGUCCGGCGAGCGGCUGAUCCAGAGGAGCGAGCCGCAGGACGCCGAGAUCCUGGAGGAGGAGCUGCAGGAGCUGAGCUGCUACUGCCAGGAGGUCUUCUGGCGGGUGUCCCGCUUCCGCCGCCGGCUGGUCAGCAUGAGGCUGGUCUUCGAGGACGAGUGGCUGUCAGACCGAGACACCGACGUGGAGUCUGACUGCUUCACAGACGUGUCCCCGGAGCCUGAGGGAGAAGCCAGGGGGCCCCCUCCCGCCGCUUGGAUCUACCAGUCCACCCCACACAAGGCUCUCUGCUGCCGGCGCCGCCAUCCGUUCGGGGCUGCCUGCGGGGGCAGCCUGGACCUGGAGUGGGACCCCUCGGUGGACGUGGGCGGGUCCACGUCUCAUGACGAAGAGGAUUCAUCGUACUGCAGUGCCAUCACGGGUGUGGGCCAGUGGGAGGAGCCGGGCCGGAGGUGCAGCUGCCAGCUGGGCAUGCCUGCCAGCUGGCCGGCUGGAUGCGGGAGAGGCUCCGGCCACGAGGACCUGAAUGGGGAAACACAGGCGCAGCUGGGCUUCCAGCACGGGCCUUGUCUCUCCCUGGCGACCAGAAGGAAGGUGGAAAUUGUCUGGGGCAGUUCCGCCCUGCUGCCCCGGCAGUCACGCCCGCGCCAUCCUCUCCCCUUAGGGAAUGCCCCUCAGUGGGGCAGCCGGCAUCCCCUGGGCCUGGCACUGCGGGACGAGGCCUGCCGCCAGAGAGAGACGGUGGCCUUUGACCCCGGGCGGAUUGAGAGCUGGCUGGGCCAGACCUGCGUGGAGCAGGGCAAGCUGGAAGCGAUGCAGCCCUGCAAGAGGAGUCAGGCCGGUCCCGGCUCUGAGGACGUGGCCGUCGUCAUUGAGAAGGGGCCGAUGUUGCAGCCCUUGGCUUUCUCAGAUCAACCUCGAGCGGGCUCCAGGAUCCUGGUCGGAAUAAAGAGGCUGCUGCUGUCUGCGGCUGGGCUGCUCCUGCUCCUCCUGGCCGGCAUCUCCCUUCUCUCCCGCGCUGAAACGCCCUGCUACACCCGGUCCUUCCAUUUCAUGCUGAAGUACGUCAACGGGCCACCUCCUACGUAGGCGUGCUGGGAAAAUGCCAACGAGAGCCCACGGUUUCCCCAGUGCCGGGGGCAGCUCCAAGAGGUAGGGGGCCAUUUCCCACCAUUCAGUGCCACCCUCGGGUGGAUUUUCCUUGGGCAUCUGCCCUGCCACCUGCUUCUGAGGAAGAUACCAACCUCCCGGCAUGCCCAGCUAUGCAAGGAGCCUGCCCAGGAAGGAAGCACUUUUGGAUCCUUCCAGAGACUUCGGAAGAAGCUCAUCAGUACUUUCAGAGACCCCCAGAGCUGACCCACACAAACCCAGAAGCUUACGGCAGAAAGGAACCUCAAGAAAUCAGCUGGUCCCACCACAGCACCGAUCAAGGACCCCUUGAGGUCGUUGUCCUCGCUCUGCCAGCCCAGUCCCUUGGCAGGUCCACCGCUCCCCAGGGAAUGGGGCUAGUUGGAAAAUUCUCCAUCGCAGCUGUUCUUCAACAGCAAAUCAGGACUCAACCCAGCAAAACCUCCUGGGGGAAGUGGCUGCUGCUUGUGGAAAAUUCUGACUUUUUUGUUCAGAAUCAAAGAACCACCCAAAACUCAGAAUAGCUCAGUUCAGAAAUGCUACCCAGGUGCCUCAUGGGAGUUGUAGUUUGGGUGAUUCUUAGCCCCAUUCUUUAUUGUGCGCUGGGCUCCCCAGCCAGCCUACAUCUCCCAUGAUGUACUGUAGCUGUGGGACUCCCAUGAUGCACCAACACCUAUCUCCAAGAGGCAAGACCAUGGAGCAUGAUGGGAGAUGUAGGCUGGCCAGGGAGCCUAGCCCAUAGACGAGAAUGGGGACAUGUGAGACCUGAACUACACCUCCCAUAAGACACCUGGACAGUAUAUACUAGGUACUGCCUUAGUCCCCUAGGGGGCUGGAACUGAUGCCACUGUAGCCUUGACGAUAGAUCUAGUAACUGGUACUACUGGAACUGUAUGAGAGGAGGGGGGGAAUCCAUAGCAAUGGGUGGUCCCUGGUGCACCCAGGCCCAUCCAAAUCUGCAUCCUUGUGAAUGCCAAGUUUAAGUAAAUGUGUUUUUGAAGUGAAUUUA